UAGACGGCUAGAGGCAGAGGCAAACUGAACUCCAACCAGUGCUCUUCCACCAAAUUCCUUCCCCUACCCCUCGCUCUCAUCCCGGUUUCUAGGGUUUCUGCUUCUCUAUCUCAAUCUAGCUCCCCAGCUGAGAGAAAGGAAUGGCAAAGACGAAGCCCGGGAAAAAGGACCUUGAUUCUUACAGCAUUAAGGGCACCAACAAAAUCGUCAGACCGGGAGAUUGUGUGUUAAUGAGACCAUCCGACUCAGACAAGGCCCCGUACGUGGCCAAAGUGGAGAAUAUCGAAGCUGACCAUAGGAACAAUGUGAAAGUACGUGUGAGAUGGUACUACCGCCCCGAGGAAUCCAUAGGGGGCCGCAGGCAGUUCCAUGGCGUGAAGGAGCUCUUCUUGUCCGACCACUUCGACGUGCAGAGUGCUCACACUAUCGAAGGCAAAUGCAUUGUGCAUAACUUCAAGAAUUACACCAAGCUUGAGAAUGUCGGCACAGAGGAUUACUUUUGUAGGUUUGAGUACAAGGCUGCGACUGGAGGCUUUACUCCUGACCGUGUGGCUGUGUAUUGCAAAUGCGAGAUGCCUUACAACCCUGACGAUCUCAUGGUGCAGUGUGAGGGGUGCAAGGACUGGUUUCAUCCUUCGUGUAUGGGCAUGGCCAUUGAAGAAGCGAAGAAAUUGGACCAUUUCUUAUGCUCUGAUUGUUCAUCAGAUGAUGAUGCCAAAAGGUCUUUAAACUCUUUUCCGGUCUCACCUGCUGAUGAGGGAAAGGUGGAGCCGAAGCGCAGAAAGAGGUGACACGUUCGUCCGAGGCAUCACAAGGUUGUGCACAUUUCUUGCAUAGCAGCACAUAAUAGCUCUAGUAUAGUUGUAUCUAGGAAUUGUACAGUGACAGCGGCUUUUUCCCACGGAUAUCUAUGGCUACCUUUGUUAUCUAUUUACCGCGUCUGCACUGGCAUGAGAUAUUUAACUAUCCGCCUCCUUAUCGUGUGCACGAACGCGAAUGAGGGCUAAAAACCACACUAAGCAUUGUCUUUGUUAGGAUGCAGAGGGUGUUUAUUCAAAAAAUGUGUCGACGUGCUUGUUUUUUUGUUACAAAUGUUAGAUUUUGAAUCCUAGAUUUGCUGAAUUGCUUGAGUUAUGCUGGAUUCUGUUGAUAAUGAAUGCAAAAUCUAUGGUGUUUCAUGUU